CGUCAGUUCCCUUCGGGACACUGCAAUUCCCAUAAGGCCGUGCAGCGGCGUCCCCUGCGCCGCUAAGGCCCGGGAGCUGCGCCCGCUGCGACAGGGCUCGGGGACGCUCGCCGCACUGCAUUAUGGGAUACAUAGUCUACUAGAAAACGUCCUGGGGCACAAACUCCCAACCAAGCCCACGUGUUUACCUUGUACACGGGGGGGACGUCAAUGAAGAGUAGCUACCAGAUUUCGUCAUAAAACGGCGACCAGACAGGCGGCGCCAUCUUCGAACUUGGACUUCCGGAAGGACUUUGGUGAGGGCGCAGCCAUUUUAGGGGGUGCUGAUGGAUCCCUACGGGGUCGGCUGUGUUGCUCUGGAGGAGGCCGGCCCCGUGGGGAACAUGACUGUGGUAGACUCUCCUGGACAAGAGGUGCUAAAACAGCUUGAUGUCAAGGCCUCUUCAGAAACAACCAGUGUGGAGGCUUCCAUAGAGACAUCAUUAUCUACCCCUUUGCCUGGAUUUGAGGAUUCUCUUGAUGAGAGGAGGCUCCCUCCAGAGCAGGAAACCCUCUCCAGACUGGAACAGCAAGAUCUUUCUUCAGAGAUGUCAAAGGUCCCAAAGCCUAGGGCCUCAAAGCCUGGCCCGAAGAGAGGUGGUAGGACACGGAAAGGCCCCAAAAGGCCCCAGCAGCCUAAUUCUCCAUCAGCCCCUCGGGUUCCUGGUCUCUUAGAUCAGUCCAACCCUCUGUCCACCCCCAUGCCUAAGAAACGAGGUCGAAAGUCCAAGGCAGAUCUGCUACUGCUGAAGUUGUCAAAAGGCCUAGAUCAGCCAGAGUCUCCACAUCCAAAGAGGCCCCCUGAGGACUUUGAGACCCCUCCUGGGGAACGACCCCGCCGAAGGGCUGCCCAAGUGGCACUUCUGUAUCUUCAGGAACUGGCUGAAGAGCUCUCAACAGCCCUGCCUGCUCCAGUAUCCUGUCCUGAGAGCCCCAAGGUGAGCAGCCCCACCAAACCCAAGAAGAACCAGCAGCAGGCAGCCUGUCAUUAUGGAGAAGAAGAGGAUGACACCGCACGGGACGAAGACUUCGUUCUCCAGGUUGAGGCUGAAGAUGGAGAAGAAAGUGAGGCCCCAAGCGAGAGCUCGUCUGACCCCGAGCCUACAGUGCCCCGAAGCACCGCACGAGCAUCCACUUCAGGGAAGCAGAAGCCACACUGCCGGGGAGUGGCUCCCAAUGGUUUACCAAAUCACAUCAUGGCUCCUGUUUGGAAGUGCCUUCAUCUCACCAAGGACCUCCGAGAACAGAAGCAUUCAUACUGGGAGUUUGCAGAAUGGAUUCCUUUAGCCUGGAAGUGGCAAUUGUUAUCUGAACUUGAGGCAGCUCACUACCUGCCCCAGGAGGAGAAGUCGCCACUGUUUUCUGUACAACGUGAAGGACUUCCUGAAGAUGGCACACUCUACCGAAUAAACAGAUUUAGCUCUAUCACAGCACACCCAGAGCGCUGGGAUGUGUCUUUCUUUACGGGGGGACCGCUGUGGGCUCUGGACUGGUGCCCAGUGCCAGAGGGGGCAGCAGCCUCGCAGUAUGUGGCUCUUUUCUCCAGUCCUGACAUGAAUGAGACACACCCACUGAGCCAGCUUUAUUCGGGCCCUGGGCUGCUCCAGCUCUGGGACCUUGGGACCUUGCAGCAAGAAAGCUGUCCUGGCAACAGAGCCCACUUUGUCUAUGGGAUUGCUUGUGACCACGGCUGCAUCUGGGACCUCAAGUUCUGCCCCAGUGGAGCGUGGGAACUUCCAGGCACCCCUCGGAAGGCUCCUCUCUUGCCCCGGUUGGGUCUCCUGGCUCUUGCCUGCUCAGAUGGGAAGGUGCUGCUGUUCAGUCUGCCCCAUCCCGAGGCCCUGCUGGCUCAGCAGCCCCUAGAUGCAGUGAAGCCUGCCAUCUAUAAGGUCCAAUGUGUGGCAACCCUUCAGGUGGGGUCUAUGCAAGCAUCAGACCCCUCUGAGUGUGGUCAGUGCCUUAGCCUGGCUUGGAUACCCACCCGGCCCCACCACCACCUGGCUGCUGGAUAUUACAAUGGCAUGGUGGUUUUCUGGAACCUUCCCACGAACUCGCCUCUGCAGCGGAUACGGCUCUCUGAUGGCUCCUUGAAGCUCUACCCCUUCCAGUGUUUCCUAGCCCAUGACCAGGCUGUGCGUACCCUUCAAUGGUGCAAAGCUAACAGUCAUUUCCUAGUCUCUGCAGGGAGUGACCGGAAAAUCAAAUUCUGGGACCUUCGACGACCUUAUGAACCAAUAAACUCUAUCAAGCGCUUCUUGAGUACAGAGCUGGCCUGGCUGCUCCCUUACAAUGGUGUCACUGUGGCCCAGGACAACUGCUAUGCCUCUUAUGGACUCUGUGGAAUUCAUUAUAUUGAUGCUGGUUACCUUGGUUUCAAGGCCUACUUCACUGCUCCUCGAAAAGGCACUGUCUGGAGUCUUUCAGGAUCCGACUGGCUCGGGACAAUAGCUGCAGGAGAUAUAUCUGGGGAGCUCAUUGCAGCUAUAUUGCCUGAUAUGGCACUGAACCCAAUAAAUGUCAAACGACCUGUAGAUCGAAGAUUCCCUAUAUAUAAAGCAGAUCUGAUGCCAUAUCAGGACAGUCCUGAAGGUCAGGACCACUCUUCUGCUUCAUCUGGGGCCCCCAACCCUCCCAAGGCUCGAACUUACGCUGAAACCGUCAACCAUCACUACUUGCUCUUUCAAGACACAGAUUUGAGUUCAUUCCACGGUCUGCCCCACAGAGAACCAAUGCUGCGCAUGCAGGAGGGAGAGGGGCAAACACGGCUCUGCCUGGACCGGCUGCAGCUGGAAGCUAUUCAUAAGGUACGAUUCAGCCCAAACCUGGACUCCUAUGGAUGGCUGGUCUCUGGGGGGCAGUCAGGGCUAGUUCGGAUCCAUUUUGUCCGUGCGCUCACCUGUCCACUGGGCCACCGUAUGCAGCUUGAAAGCCGAGCCCACUUCAAUGCUAUGUUCCAGCCAGCCUCCCCCACUAAAGGGCCUGGCUUCCCUCCAACCAGCCAUCGCCUUCUGCCUGGCCCCUAGUCGUGGUCCCCACAGAACACUCAGGAUGAAGUCUGCCGAGAACAACUGGCCCCAUGCACACAGCCAUAGGAACUGGGGCUUUCCUGGACAGUGAUGGUGCCAGGCCUGGACCUUUAGACCUGCCUCCCCAGGACUCCUUAGAUCCCUCUUUCCACAGACUUCUUCUGUCAUCACGGCCCCCCGCGGGCAAGGGGGUUCUCCCUCCACAAACUCUCAAGUCUCCUCAGCAUAAAACUAUGACUCACGAGAAACACUCAGGCCUGACCUAGGCUUGGGAGUCAAACUGCUCAUAUUGAGCAUAUUGUGAAGUGGGUAAAACUAAGUAAAGGUACUGGGUGUUUUUGAGACCACAUGUGAGUGGGUGUUUGGAGAACUGGAAAGGGUAUCUGCAUGAAGGCUCCUGUCUGACUAUAUUCCAGGAUCCAAUAUUACUGCCUUCCUAACUUCCUCUUUAAGAGUACCCAACACACAGGCCCACAAGGGGGUGAUGGUAAUUCAUUGCACUGAAGCUGCUUAUAGUACUUACUUAACUGAGGAACACACCACAGACACCCUGCCAACAGAACAGUGGCUCAGAUCUUACUUGCUCCUGCUUAUGAAAUAUUCCCAAUCACUGGUCAUCUGACCCUUCUUGAGCACUCCUAGACAGUCAUUUUUUAAAAAUCUUCCUUUAUAUCAAGUCACACAGUAUACCUCUAUAAAUUUUACCAUGGGUGUUAGGAAAUCUAGUCACUCUUCCCUAUGAUUGCCCUUCUAAGUAUUUAAAAAUAGCUAUCAUGUGUUUCCCAAGUCUUUUCUUCUCUAGAUUAAAUAUCUUCAGUUACUUUAACCAUU